UAAUCUAUGGAGAAAGUGCUUGGAAAAUAAAAUGGACUGACGCGACUGACGCUUUGAUAAAAUUAAAUACAACAAUUUAGGAAAUUGAAUUCCACCAUCAUUUACGUUCACGUCGUCUAUACCUGGCAAUUAGAUAGUUACGUGAUAAUGUAACGAAAAAAUUAAGUUUCACAUCGAGUGUUUUGCGUUCAUUUUAUUUAUUUAUCAACAAAUUAGGUUAUACUCUGGUAAAAGUGAUUAGGAAUAAGGUAUAGCCGAGGCUAAGAUAAAAUGGAAACUGUGGAAGAUCACCCAAUUCAUACAUCAACUGAUGUUGUAAAACCAAAUAUAGUUGAGGACGCGAGUGCCGACGAGUCAAAUGUGUGUCAAAAAUCGAAUGGUGUCGAAUGCGACGUGCAAGUCGAAGGUGAACAUUCCGAAGCGAAUAAUGUACUUCGGGAGGUGGAUAAAGUGCCGCCGGAGACGGAUAAUGUGCCACCAGAGCCCCUUAAUGAGCCGGAAAAGGUCGAAUCGGAGCCAGCGAAGCCCGACUCGGAGCCAGCGAAGCCUAACUCGGAUCCAGCGGUGCCUGACUCGGAUCCAGUGAAGCUCGACUCGGAACCGGAUCCAGUGAAACUCGACUCGGAACCAGCGAAGUCCGACUUGGAGCGAAACGUAUCAGAGGUGGAAAGUAAGCCUGAAAAUUUAAAUGUAUCCGACCAUGUCGAGGCUGAGGCGGAAUCCGGAGCUGAGCCGGAGAUCCCUAUCGAUCAUGAUAGUAUUGCUACAGAUAUAGCAACUGAUGAACCAGAUUCUAACAUAGGAAUAGAAGUUCAACAAGAUAAUGAGAUGAUCCAUACAGAUGAGGUACUUCAUGAUGUAAUCACUGAAACUAUAAUAGAGUCGGAAAAAGAAAUAUGUAUUGAAGAAGGAAUUUCAUCGGAGACUAUGGUUGAAAUAGAAUCUUCAAUAUCAACUGUUCAGUUUGAAACUGAAGUAGUAGUAGAGGAAAAUGAUUACGAUGGUACAGAGAAGUUGUUAGUUGACAAUCAAGAAAGUGACCAUACAAAUAAUAUAUUGAAUGAACUGGGACCAAAUAUUGAAUUGAGUGAAGUGCUCCGUUCAUCUGAUAUAAGUGAAAACAUUGUAAAUAACAAUAGUGCAAUCAAGCAAGAGAUUUUUAAUAAAGAGGAGUUACUUGAUAUUUUGGAGGGUAAUGAUAACAUUGAACAGCCUAUCAAUAUAAUUACUGAGUCAUCUCCACAGACACCAAGUAAAGUUUUAGUAGCUGAGAUAGCCAUGCAACAACUAUCUAGACUAUCAAAAAAAAGAGGUGACUCGAGAGCUUCUAAAAUUAAAAAGGAGAAAACUAAAAGUCCUCUAAAAUCUAGCAAUAAUAGAAAUUUAGAAAAAGGAAAGCAACAGCAGGCCUUAUUAGCUGGGAUAAAACAGGACAUUAAUGCAGAUGCUAGUCACCAAAAGGACCAAUCCGACAACUCAGAGCAGAAAUCCCAGCUCAAUACCACAGAAAAGGAGGCCUUGAUGGCUGCUAAUCAACAAACCCACAUUGACAACGAACAACAAGAAGCCUCAGGAACAUGCCAAGAGGAAACCCAAUAUACAGAUAACAUUGUCAAAUCUCUUGUCAUGGAUUGGGAAGAUGAGCCCGCUGAGAACAAUGAAGUGAAUGAAAUUAUCAAAGAAGGAGACAGCCUAAUAAAAGACUCUGAAGAACUUAAGAAUAGCCAGGAAUGUAUGAUUUCCAAAGAUGAAACAAUAGAGAGCACCAAUACAGGUUCACCCAGUAGUGAUUCCCAAACUAAGUUAUCUAAAACUGAUGAUGAUGCUCCCACACGGAGGUUAAGUAGAGUAAUAAAAAAGAAAGUCAUAUUUGACCCUGACAACCCAGAUACAUUCACUAAAGGUAAGAGUAAUAAAGCUAAAGAAACACCAACCACAAAAGAGCAAACUCCUUCAAAAAAAGGCAAAUCAGAUCAAUCAGUAAAAAGAUCUAAAUCAAAAUCUCCAUUGUCUACAUUGCAGUGGAAAAAACCUACCAGUGGAUCAAAUAAAAAUAGUAAACAACAUAAACGCUUGUCAGAAGUUGACAGGUUACUAAUGGAUGAGGGUGCGGUGAACAUGAUAUACCAACUCACCCCCGAGGCUCCUAAAGGCAAGAAAAAUGUGAGAACUAAAGCAGAAUUCAUUAAGAAAAUUCAAAGUUCUAGUACUCCAGAUACUAAAGAAAUGAAGUUUAGAGAAAGAAAGAAAGAAUUAAAGUAUGAAGAAGGGGAAGCCAAAAAGAUUCUUGGUGGAAAACAUAGGACAUCCUUGAGCAGCUCUGUUAAAUCUCCAGCGGUCAGUGAGGAUUUUGAGACCCAUAGUGCUGACGAUUCCAUCAUUUACAGGCGUCACUCUUCAAGUUCAUACUCUAGCAGCUGUAUGAGUCCUCGGCGCCUCAGCGACGUCGAGGCCGGGAACGCACAACCGCAGAGUGCCACUCAAAUAACUCAGCAGCCUGUUCCAGAGCUUGAAACCAAUCCUAAUUUACCUGUCAAUGAGGAAAUUGUCUUUAAGUCUGACUCACCUAAAAUAUCAAGUAGUGAGAUGAUCAAUAAGAAUGACUGUUUGUCUAUAAAAGAAAAAUUAAAUUCCAAAUUAUCCCUUGCUUUAAAUAAAAGAAAACGUGAGAAUUCCAAAAAUGAGAAGCCAGCAAAGCAAAAGAAAAUUGUAAAAACUGAUGAAAACAUCAUUCCUCCCAUAGAAGAAGACAACAAGCUAAAUCAAUUAAAAUUUAUUUCAGUCACCAUUGAUCAAAGAUUAGCCUUAAUAUGUAUUAAAAAAACUGGUCUAAAAAUUUGUGUUGAGAUUUUGAAGGAAUUGGAAGAAGCUCUCAAAUAUAUUGACAAUAGGCAGGACAUAUCAAUCACUCUGUUAGAAUCACAAUGUGGAACACUAUGUUCAAGUUUGGAUUUAAGUUUGCUGCUGGAUGAAAAUAAAGAAGUAAGAGCUAAUCACGCCUAUGAACUAGCAGAAUCAGUAAGGUCGUUGCUGGCGGCGGCCGCGCGGCACCGCGCGCUACUGUGCUGCGGCGUGUGGGGCGCGGCGGCGGGCGUGGCGCUGGCGCUGGUGGCAAUGAGCGACGUGGCGCUGGCGUCGGAGGGCGCGUCGUUCUGGCUGGCCGCCGCCGCCGCACCCGCCACGCCCGGAGCAGCCGCGCUCACGGCGCGUUGCCGCCCGCUGCCACAGGCUCUGGUUAACGAUUUGGUUAUAUUCGGCCGUCGACUUUCCGCGUCUGAGGCGUUGCAGGGUGGGCUCAUCAGCCGCGUGCUGUGGCCCGACAGAUUCGACGAGCAGGUUCGGGACAUAGCCAAAGACAUCGCCGCACAACCACUGCAGACUAUAUUGCUCAAGAAGAAGCUGCUAAGUCUGAAGACGAACAGCGAAGCAGAGCUCACAUUCCUCGCGUGCCUGGAGACGGAGCGCGACCUUCUCGUGGAGUACUGGACGUCCGUCGAAGGGCAGGAGUUGCUGCGGGCCACUCUAGACGCCGCCUAAACACGUCCCAUCGUUUUUACCUUACUUAUCUUGACGCGCACGAAACUGAGUCGCGAUUGUCGAUUUCGAUCAUUAAAGUACAAGAUAAUAUGCUGUCUCAUACAAAAUUUAAUAACAGUCCGCUUCAAGUUGUUAUUUUUAUUAGCACAGCUAAAUAUAUAUUUCCCUUUAAACUACUUAAAAACUUGUACACUUUCUUGGUUGUAUUUUGAUAACUUUUGAAGCACGUUGCAGUUUCGUGAGACGUCAUUUUCACUAGCGAAAUAUCGAAAAUAAGUUCGCUAUCGGCAAACAAUAAUUCCUCAGGGACAAUUUGACUACCUACCGACAGCAUAUCUUGUAUACAUUAAUGAUUUAAAAACUUUUAUACGAAAAAUACUAUAUAUAAUGAAAUGAAAUGUAUGUCUAUUUAACAACUCAGGGGAUUAUAUUAAUCGGUUCGUGUGCAGUCUUCUGUAAUAUCUAUCUUUAUAUUUCUAUGUAUUUUGUAAACAUUUUUCUUUAGUAAGUAUCAAUUUCUUUCAACAACUGAGAAAGAUACUGGCACAUGAAAUCUUAUUUGUUGUUAGAGUAAGAAUGUCGUGUAAAUAACAAAAUUAUAUUGCAGAUGGUGUUAUUGAAUGUUACAAUAUUGUAUCGAUAAACGAUGUAAGAAAUGACGUAGUCUUAUGGAUAAAUGGACUAAGCUAUGUUGGUAUUUGCGAUUAAUUUCUUGACUUUAUGAACUGUACGAUGCCGCGUCAAGACUGGUGGUUGAAUUUCUUAGCAUCUAAGACUUUAACAUGUCUAUUAUAAUAAAGUUUCUGGAGCUUAGAACCAGUCAGUCUGUAAGAUGCCGUAGUUAAACUAGGUUAUUAGUUGUGGUUGACUUACUAAAAAAGUGUGUAUGCAAAAAAUCAUAAUACAUAUGAACUUUCUGUUAUACUUAGUCCUAAGGUGCAUUUAGGGUGUUUAUGUAUCACUUAAGUAGUCUUUCGAAUUCUUGAUUUAAUGUCAAGAAAAAACAAAAAUAUCGUAAUUCGCUCUUUAACCGACAAUACAUACCAGACCGCCGCUAGUUAUAUUGCAUCGUUGCGAAAAGCGUUCCGGCUUUCAUUUUGUAUGAAAAAACCGGCCAAGUGCGAGUUAGAUUCGCGCACUGAGGGUUCUGUACUCGGGUA